AUGAUUGUGUAUGAAGAGGGUCAUCGUAAAGUUAGCGGAUUGAGCUUGGGUGCAAAACAGGUUGUGCGGGACAUGACAAAGUCCAAGUUUGCGCCCCGUAACAUCAUGGCAACUAUUGCAGAACAAUUUCCUAAUGAUAAUCCAAACAUCAGGCACAUUUACAACUGCCGGAAUGAUUUCAGGAUGGAGAUGUCUGAAGGAAAAGGAGUUGUUCAACAAUUUCUUCAUUUGGCGAGAGAGAUUAUUUACAUUUACUGGGUCAUGUCCGAUGGGCUUGACGUCCUACGACAUGCAUUUAUGGUGCACCCAAUCACGUUCAACAUACUCCACCGUGAACUUGGGUUAUGUGCGGCUUUGAGAGAAGUGUUUCCAGGGACGUUGUAUUUACUCAAUCGAUGGCACAUUAACAAAGAUGUGGAGGCUAGGGUGACCAAGAUGUUCAAAAACAAGAAGAUUAGUGCCAAUUUUAAAAAUGGCAAAUGGAAACGUAUUAUGGAUGCAUCAAUUGAGGCGGAGUAUGAUCAUGCUCUGGCUAUCAUGAAAGCAAGGUGGGAAAGUUUUCCGGCAGUGAUUCAGUACGUUGAGGGAACAUGGUUGUGUCAUAAAAUCAAAUUUGUGACAUAUUGGACGAACCAAAUUCUUCACUUUGGUAACACCACCAACUGUAGAGUUGAGAGCCAACAUUCAGCAGUGAAGACGUGGUUUGAAUCAUCCACAGGUUCUUUGGAUACCGUAUGGGCCCGAGUCCAUUGUCAUAGCGGUAAAGUGUUUUUACUAGUUAGAUAG